AUGGCGGAUAGCUACAACAGCAGCUGGCUGGCGAUGAGAAGGCUGAAAACCACAAACUGUAGGCGGAGCCUUGCACUGUUGCUUUUGAAAGGAUCGAAGGCCAACGAGAUAGAUUCCGAAGACAAGGCUCGGAAGGAGGAUGAGUUGAUGGUGAGUUUCGAUGUAGCCUCCUUGUUCACGAAUGUGCCGGUAAUGGAAACGAUAGAGAUUAUAAGACGGAUGGCCAGCCGCGGCGGCCCACUUACCGAGUACAUGGGAUUAAUCGAGUUUUGUCUCACUAGUGGAUAUUUUGUGUGGCGGGGUGAACACUAUCUGCAAAUAGAAGGGGUGGCAAUGGGUUCUCCUAUAGCACCAGUGGUGGCCAAUAUUUUUAUGGAGGAGUUUGAGCAGAGAGCUUUGGAGAGCUGCCCGCAUAAACCCAGACUGUGGUGGCGAUAUGUGGACGACGUGUUUGCUGUUGUAUCACACAACGAUCUGGACCCGUUACUCGUCCACCUGAACGAGCGGCAUGCCAAGAUUAAGUUCACCAUUGAGAAGGAGUGCAAUGGGGCACUCCCUUUUCUGGAUGUCUUGGUGCAGCGGGACGAGCAUGGCCGGUUGACUCAUAAAGUGUAUCGUAAGUCUACACACACUGAUCGGUACCUGCAAGCUGACUCACACCAUCACCCCGCACACUUGUCUUCCGUUCCACGCGCGCUCAUCAAUAGGGCUUUACGGCUCUGUGACCCGCAGUACGUGCAAGCCUCCAUGUACUGA